CUUAGCUUGCAGGGUAAUUUGAAGGAUUCUGGUUUUAGACUGCUGCUAAAGUGGUAAAGAUGGAUUCUGACAAGGGCAUCUUGGAACACACUCCCUUGCAAAAGGGCGACGCCUGUGACUGUGAGAACAACGCGUCCUCACAGUCUCCACAUGAACAAGGUACGAAGAAAAGACCUGCCAGAUCAGAUUUGUACGAGAUCUGUGCUGCAAACCAUUGGAAGCCCCCUGUAUUUGAAUGUUACAAACAGGAUGGUCCAUGCCAUCAGAAAAUGUUUACCUUCAAGGUUACUAUUGAGAUAGAAGAUGCAUCGGAGAACAUUAUAGAGUGCUAUGGUGCCCCUCAACGAAAAAAGAAAACAGCCGCAGACCAUGCAGCUGAGGGAGCUUUGUGGUACCUAAAGAAUAUAGGCUAUGGGAUGAAGAAUCAAUAAAACAAUAUAUUAUUGGAUAUCAUCAUCACUUAUGGCUUCUUCGGUGAUGCUCUCUAGACUCGGUUGCCAAAUCUCAUAAGACCAUGCUUUCUUAGGAGAACCCCUACAGUCAUUUCCUGUCGAAUCUUGCAUCCUUCUGCUAGUAUAUCUGAUUGAAGGCCUUUGUCUUUGGUGGAGAAAGUAUUUUUCAGACUUUGAUAGACCAAGUGGAAAGAUGUUAGUUCAAUGGCUAAGAUUGUAUCAGUACAAAGUGUUAGAAAUUCUAUGUUUGACCUAAAGUUUAAUGAAUUUGUAGACCGAUUUAGUAUGAUUUUGGUUGGACC